AUGACUCAACGGGGAGGAGGUAUUUUGGCUGGAAAGGUGGCACUUGUGACUGGCUCAACAGGAGGCAUUGGUCUUGGCAUUGCACAUCAACUCGCAAAGGCCGGUGCAGAUGUGAUCCUUAACGGCAGAAGUCAAACACCUCGAGAUCCAAAUCUUAUUAAUAACGUCUCUUCUCAUGGAACACGCGUUCGUUACUUUGGGGCCGAUACAAAAGAUCGUUCACAAAUUGAAGGAAUGUUAAAAUAUGCAGAAAAGGAACUUGGUGCUGUGGAUAUUUUGGUAAAUAAUGCCGGUAUCCAACAUGUAUGCCCAGUGGAUACUUUUCCUGUUGAAAAAUGGGAUGAUAUCAUCGCACUUAAUCUUUCAGCUGCCUUUCAUGCUACCCAAGUUUGUUUACCUGGAAUGCGAAGUCGUGGAUGGGGACGUAUUAUUAAUAUUUCCUCUGUUCAUGGACAAGUUGCAUCUGUUAAUAAGGUUGCCUAUUGUGCUGCUAAGCAUGGAUUAAUUGGAUUAACCAAAGUUGUGGCUUUGGAAACGGCUACAACGGGAAUUACAUGUAAUGCGGUUUGUCCUGGGUGGGUAUUAACACCACUUGUGGAAGAACAAAUUAAGGCGAUCGCAGAUUCCAAGUUUAAUGGUGAUAAAGAAGCCGCAACGCACGACCUGUUAUCAGAAAAACAACCAUCCAAUGCGUUUGUAACGGUUGAACAGAUUGGAGAUGCUGUGGUUUAUCUCGCUUCACCAGGGGCAGAUCAGAUUCGAGGUACUGCCAUUACUCUGGAUGGUGGCUGGGUGGCUCGAUAA